GGUGUGACGGUGGUUCCCAGGCCCUAUCCUCUGAACCGUAGUCCUACCUGGACAGGGGCAGGGUUUGUCAAGGUACCUGAGGGAGCCCACCUGGAGUUCCACAUCAACAACUUACCUGACUCCAUGGACUACGACAUGCUGAUUCGCUACGAACCACAGUUGCCGGAUCAGUGGGAGCAGGUGGAGAUCAGAGUGAUACGUCCGUACUCAAUGAGAGUGGGGCAGCCAGCCAGUCCAUGUGAAAACACGCUUCAAGGAGGAGAUCAGCAGUUGGUGUCUCUUCUUCCAGGAUCCAGACAUGUGCUGCUCCCGAGGCCUGUGUGUCUGGAGAAGGGGCGGAACUACACUGUGCGUCUUAGUCUGCCUCUUUACUCCUCUCUCAGUGACGUCCAAAGCCCCUACACGCUCAUCGACUCCUUGGUGUUGAUUCCGCGGGUGCGUAAGCUGCUGUUGUUUGAGGGUUCUCAGGGUGAGGGGGCGUGGGAUACGUUCCAGAGGUACCGCUGUCUGGAGAGCAGCCAAAGCGUCAUCAAGAGCCCCAUGACGGACAUCUGCAACAACUACAUCUUCAGUGUGUCUGCCCUGCUACAUCAGGGGGCUAUGGCGUGCCAGUGUGACUCCCAGGGCUCUCUUAGUGCAGUGUGCGACCCCAGCGGCGGGCAGUGCCAGUGUCGGCCCAAUGUGGCAGGCAGGAACUGUGACCGCUGUGCCCCCGCCACCUUCCUCUUCAGCCCCUUAGGAUGCAGACGCUGUGAGUGUAGUCCUCCGGGCUCUGUGAACGCUUUCUGCCACGAGGCCACAGGUCAGUGCGAGUGUGUUCCAGGGGCGUCAGGGCGUCAGUGUGCCCACUGCCUGCCAGGCUACUGGGGCUUCCCUCAAUGCCAGCCCUGUCAGUGCAACGGCAACAGCGACUACUGCCACCCUCAGACCGGGGAGUGCCAGGGCUGCCGCGCCUUCACCACCGGGCACAUGUGUGAAAGGUGUCUGGAUGGUUACCAUGGCGACCCAGUGUUGGGUUUGGGGGGUCACUGCCGCCCCUGCAUGUGUCCCGACGGGCCGGGGAGCGGGCGCCAGUACGCAGACAGCUGCUACCAGACCGCCGACAACUACCAGCUGGUCUGUGCCUGCAGCCCUGGAUACAGAGGAGCCAGGUGUGACGAGUGUGCCCCAGGUCACUAUGGUAACCCCCAGGUGCCCAGCGGGCGCUGUCUGCCCUGCCAGUGUAACGACAACAUCGACCAGCUGGACCCGGGGUCCUGCGACGCUCGCACAGGCAUCUGCCUCAAAUGCCUGCACCAUACCGAGGGCUAUGGCUGCCAGCACUGCAAGCUGGGUUACUACGGCAACGCCGCCAGCCAGAGCUGCAGGAGGUGUAUGUGUUAUUCAGUGGGCACAAUGUCGGAGGCGUGUCUGUCUCCGGGGGAGUGUCACUGUGACCUGCAGACUGGCCAGUGUCCCUGCCGGCCUAACGUGAUUGGCCAGAACUGCGACCGCUGUGCCCUUGAUACGUUCAACAUUGGAAGCGGAAAGGGCUGCCAGACCUGUGACUGUGACCCAACCCACUCCUUUGGGACGUCGUGCAAUGAGCUGUCAGGGCAGUGCUCGUGCAGGUCAGGUUUCGGGGGAAGAAAAUGCAACGAGUGCCGAGAUAAGUUCUGGGGAGACCCUGAGGUCAAAUGUCAAGCGUGUGACUGUGACCUGCGUGGCAUCGCCAGCGAGCAGUGCCACCGUUCGUCCGGCCAGUGUGUGUGUGUGGAGGGUGUGUCUGGGCCCAGGUGUAACCAGUGUGCCAGAGGGUACCAUGGGACGUUCCCCGCCUGCGAACGAUGCCACCAGUGCUUUGCCGAGUGGGACCGUGUGGUAGGGGAACUGUCCAAUCAGACUCAGCGUUUGAAGGAUCAUGUGACAGAGCUCCAGACCAGUGGGGUGACGGCGCCGUACAAAGACACCGUUAGCAGUCUGGAGAUUAGUGCUAAUGCUAUCAGUGCGAUAGUAGAGAACAACCCUGCUAUACAGAAGAUGGAAGAUGUACAACAGAUGAUGCAGCAGGCCACUGAGCUGGUGGCAGACCUGAACGAGAGGCUGAACGUCUCAGAGGAAUCCCUGUCCCGUCUCGUUGUCAAUGCCAACGACACCGAGGCCAGUCUGGACACACUGAGAAAGCAGGCCCAAGAGCUAGAGAGAAAAGUCACAGACAUUCGAGACCACAUAAAGACUGUGAAGAACUCUAACAUAGAGGGAGCGAUGGACACCAUCACCAAGGCCCACUUGGAGUCUAAGAGGGCGGAGAUCCGUGCCAAUCAGACCACCAGUUACCCCGACAACACUUUGGAACAGUCGGCUACACUACGGCGUGAAGCGGAGGCCAGACUGAGCCAGAACCAGGCGGAGUUUGACCUGAGACAACAGAAACACACAGAGAGACUGGAAAGGCUCGCCACAGAGCUCAACACUCUUGACCUAUCAGAGCUCAGCAAGCAGACAUGUGGAGCAGCUAGGGGGGAGGAGGGGUGUGCUGCGUCCCCCUGUGGAGGGGUGGGGUGUGUGUCGGAGGACGGCACCCUUCGCUGUGGUGGGGAGGGGUGUGACGGUUUGGUCACACAGACACAAAGCACUCUGAAAACAGCCAAGGACUUCGACCAGGAAAUCCUCUCCACCCUGCAGGAAGUGGACAAGCUCUCUAGGAUGGUGUGGGAGGUGAAGGUGCGUGCGGGCGAGGCCAAGUUGAAUGCUCAAGAGGUGCUGCUGAAGUCCAACCAGAGCAGAGAUAGAGUGGAACAGAGCAACGAGCAGCUCCGCAGCCUCAUCAAGGAGAUACGAGGCCUACUCACUAACGACCGUGCCAAAGUGGAGGUUAUUGAAGCGGUUUCAAAUGAGGUGUUGGCCCUGGAGAUGCCCACAUCGCCCGAGCAGCUGGAGGCCCUGACCAUGGAGAUCAGAGACAGGGUGGGAACCCUCACCAGCGUGGAGGACAUCCUCAGUCAGAGUGCCAACGACAUACACACUGCAGAGAGGCUGCUGGAGCAGGCCCGCACGGCCAGUCAGGAGGUGUCUGAGAUGAAGGAGACAGCUGCCCUGGUGAAGGAAGCUCUGGAAACGACUGAGCGUGCUCAGAAUGCUGCCAUCGAUGCCGUCAAACAGGCCCACAACAACACCAGGGGAACACUUGACCUCAUCACAUCUGUGGAGUCGGAGACGGCGGAGUCGGAGCUGUGUCUGAGUAACGCCACACUGCGUCUGCUGCAGCUGGAGAGAGACGUGACUCUGCUGAGAGAGAGCAGCCUGGGCACCAGCCACCACACACAGCACACUGAGAGACUGUCUGAGACCGCUAGGCAGGACGCAGAGCAGGCCCUGCAGGAGUUUGACUUGGAGGUGAAGGGUAAAUACAGUGUUGUGGAGGGCUUGGUAGUGACGAAGGCAGAGGGCGUGUCUGACGCCAGGAAGAGGGCGGAGCUACUGCAGCAGGAGGCCAAGGAGUUGCUCACCCAGUCCAGUGUAAAACUACAGAGAUUCAGAGAGUUGGAGAGGUCGUAUGCGGCCAACCAGCGUACUCUGGAGGCCAAGACAGUUCAGCUGGCCGGGCUGGAGAAAACAGCACGCCAGCUGCUCAAUGACAUCAGCCAGAAAGUAAUGGUCUACAGCACCUGUUCUUAGGGUAACCAUGCCAACAGCAUCCCUGGCAAUGCCUGCCCGGAUGUCAUACCAGAGAUUAUGACGAUGUCUUCUUUAGUGCCAAACAGAUAAUAUGACAAUCACUCAGGAGAGUCCAAAGACCAAAAGCAGUAUUUUACCACUAAGAACCAAGUAUUCCAUUAAAAAAAACUGUUUCUGUAUGAAACGGGUCUCUAAGCCAUAUAAGCUAUUAUCACAAGUAAUACAUGUUUUAACCAUAAGAGUGCACAUAGAUUUCAUGAUUUUAGAUUCUAUGGAAAUAUUUUUUAUAAUCGUGUCUGUAAAGAUAUUCAAAUGUGUCUGGACCGAAGCAUACGAGAGCCUAUUCAAUUGUAUGAUACAAUUUGUACCCAUCAACCUAUUGCUGUAAUUUAACUUUUUAAUAUAAAGUAAUAACUGCAUCUUACAUUUUUUUGCAAAAAAUGCCUAGUCAACAUUGCCUAGUUCACCUCUACCUAAAAUGAGAUACUUUUGAAAUGUACAGUAUUUGGUGUUUGCUUUCCCCUAGUGGCAAUCUGAAAAAAAUGUACCCUCUUUCUGCUGCAUUUUCAUAAUCUCUAGGGAGUAGCAAGCACAUACACAAUUUCAGUUUAGUUUUCCGUUAUGGAGUCCAAUUAAAUUACAGGCAAAUGUACUUCCAUCAGGUUUAACUGUAAUAACAUGCUAUCCACUCUGCCAACUGAAACAACCUUACUCAUUCACUGUCAUUGUAGGCUUAACUAGACAAUCCAUUUCCUACAUUUGAAAAUAUAGCCUACCUUCUUAUCAAUUUGGGCAGUUAGAGUUCUGCUUGUCUUUCUCCUGCCUUUUCUCUUACACCCUCAGUGUCUCUGCCCCCCCUCUCUCUCUGUCUCUCUCUCUCUCUCUCUAUCGCAUUAUUGAUGCAAGGUGAUUUGUAGAUCAGUGAUUCUGAACAGUUCUUUCCUCAGGCUGAUCCUGUUGAGCAUGCAUAAUGAACAUCUCUCUCAUCCCCCCAUGAAUCCCUCCUUCCUCUCCGGAGGGUUUCCUCCUCUGUGACCAUCACACUGUAUCCCCACCCAGUGACUCAGACUUGCUCUGAGCAAAUGAGAUACAAAUGGCACCAGCAGUGUUCCGCCUGGACCUCUUCAUCAAAUGAGAUUUGGCAGGAAGCAAUCAAUAUGGCGGCCUUCCCUCCCUCUGAAAUUAGCUCUUUCCAUUUAGUGCUGCAAAUCAGUCAGGCAUCACUGUUUUCCCUUACAUAUUAACCCCACUCCAGCAUAUCUGUGAGAUAAAUUGCUUUCGAAAGUGGUUCAGCCAGUCCCUUCCCCUGUGUACAGUAUUUAUGGUACAGUGGUUUGACUGCAUGAUGUGAAUGCUUGUACAAUUAUAUCAUUUUUAAUACAUCACAAAAGUCAUACUGCAGUGCAAUGCUUCAUUCUAGACACAUAUCUUUUCAUCAGCUGGCAUGGAUGACUCUCCAAAAACCUUAUACCAUGCCUAACCUCAUCAUCCAUUUGCAGAACAGCUAAAUAGAGCUAUCCUGUAAAAAACACAGCUGUGCCUUGCAGGCUGGUCAGCCCAUCCAUCGUACGACAGUAAACAGCCAUUGACCUUAACCGGCCCUAACAUCACCUUCCUGUUUGGACCAUUGGAUUAGCAGCCACUUGGCCUUGAGACGGCUACAGCUGCCGGGUGGAUAGGAGAAUGAUGUGGUUCCCAUGUAGCUGGUCACGGGGCACUUCUCAAUAUCAGCAUGUGUCUGCAAGUGUGGUAGAGCGUAGUUUUCCUGAAUUGAUGAGAUAUUAAUUAAAUAUGACUCCUUCCUCUCUCUCCUUGGCCCAUUCCCACUGGGGUCUGAGAUGUGUUUACCUUACUUUGUGCCGAGUCAUUGUACUGCCGAUGACGCAGCUCUGAUCUCUCUGAUACACUUACAGCAGGAAGAUGGUGAGGAAGCAUUUUAGAGCAGCCGCCAGACCACAGAAGGGCUGCAGAGAGGAGAGAGAGAGGGAGAGAGAGAGAGGUAGGGAGAGCAAGUUAGAGGGAGAAAGGGAGAGAGAGAGAAUCAAUCAAUCAAAUAAACAUUUGAUUUAAUUAGCACUUUUGAAGAAAAAAAAACGUUUGUCACAAAGUUCUUCCCAGUAACCCAGUCUGCUCCAAAGACAAGGCAGGUUGUUGCAGAGGAAAGUUGGAGAGGGUUGUAAGUCAGUCAGGUCACUGUUUCUUUAUGAUUAAGGUCUAUGGCAUGGACGACACUUUCCUAUGAGGAUCCGCUGUGGUUUCUCAUGACAUAGGUAGGUGUCUGCUGAUUUAAAAUGUAAAUUAUUGGACACUGCAGAACACACAUAUUUUCUGCGCUAGCCAUCAUACACAAUUUGACUCAAUACUGGAAUGUACAAGGUGCUAAAACAUUCAACUAUCAAUUACUGGAUAUAGAGAGACUCCUAAAUAUCAUAUCCAAAUAAAAAAGCAAAAAGCGUG